AUCUUCAGAAGGAAGAUUUUCCCGAGAAAAUUCGUUCGCUUUCUUCAGCUUCCACAGUAACCUUCAAGUAAUUCUCACGAGCUCACGCGAACCGCCGAAUUACCGGAAUGACACUCUCGAUACCAAGCCAAUUUCUCUACCUAACACAAGCUCCCACUUUCUCGGUGCAACGGAGAUUUGUCUCUUUCCAGCGCGAAUUUCACUCCGUCGGCGCCAGAAUAUGUCGAGCGAGGACGAAAGACCUUAUCCUCGGCAACCCCUCGGUGACGGUGGAGAAAGGCAAGUACAGCUACGACGUGGAAACCCUAAUCAAUAAGCUGAGUAGCCUCCCUCCUCGCGGCAGUAUUGCGCGUUGCCUGGAAAUCUUCAAGAACAAGCUCUCGCUGAACGACUUCGCUCUGGUGUUCAAAGAAUUCGCGCACCGCGGCGACUGGCAGCGGUCGCUUCGCCUCUUCAAGUACAUGCAGCGCCAGAUCUGGUGCAAGCCAAACGAACAUAUCUACACGAUUAUGAUCAGUCUGUUGGGACGCGAGGGCUUGCUCGACAAGUGCCGCGAGAUUUUUGAUGAAAUGCCCAGCCAAGGCGUUCCCCGCAGCGUGUUCUCCUACACAGCGUUGAUCAACGCGUACGGUAGAAACGGCGACUAUCAGGUUUCGCUUGAGCUUUUGGAUAGAAUGAAGAAGGAGAAGGUAUCCCCAAGUAUUUUGACCUAUAAUACUGUGAUUAAUGCGUGCGCGAGGGGUGGGUUAGAUUGGGAAGGGUUGUUGGGUUUGUUUGCGGAAAUGAGGCAUGAAGCUGUACAGCCUGAUAUCGUCACUUAUAAUACUUUGCUUAAUGCUUGUGCUAAUCGAGGUUUAGGUGACGAGGCAGAGAUGGUUUUUAGGACUAUGAAUGAGGGGGGAAUAGUGCCAGAUUUAACAACAUAUAGUUAUUUGGUUGAUACAUUUGGGCGGUUGGGGAAACUUGAGAAAGUCUCGGAGCUUCUUAAGGAGAUGGAGUCUGAAGGGAAUUUACCAGAUAUUAUGUCCUAUAACGUGUUGUUAGAGGCAUAUGCAAAGGCAGGGUCUAUUAAGGAGGCAAUGAGUGUCUUUAGGCAGAUGCAAGCAGCAGGUUGUGUGCCCAAUGCGGCUACAUAUAGUAUUUUGUUGAAUUUGUAUGGGAGAAAUGGGAAAUAUGAUGCUGUUCGCGAUCUUUUUCUUGAGAUGAAAGCCAGCAAUACAGAGCCAGACGUGGCUACAUACAAUAUUUUGAUACAGGUGUUUGGACAGGGUGGCUAUUUUAAGGAGGUGGUGACUUUAUUUCAUGAUAUGAUGGAAGAAAGUGUUCAGCCAAAUAUGGGAACUUAUGAAGGUUUGAUAUCUGCUUGUGGAAAGGGAGGGCUUCAUGAGGAUGCAAGAAAGAUUCUUCUUCACAUGAAUGGAAAAGGGAUAGUGCCAAGCUCAAAGGCUUAUACUGGUGUUAUUGAAGCUUAUGGACAGGCUGCACUAUAUGAAGAAGCUCUUGUUGCCUUCAACACGAUGAAUCAAAUGGAGAGCCAGCCGACUGUUGAAACUUACAAUUCAUUGCUUCAAAUGUUUGCAAGAGGCGGACUGUAUAAAGAAUCUCAAGCAAUUUUGUCCAGAAUGAAUGAGGUUGGUAUUGCUAGGAACAGUGAUUCAUUCAAUGCUGUGAUUGAGGGUUUUAGGCAAGGAGGCCAGUUUGAGGAAGCUAUCAAGGCUUAUGUUGAGAUGGAAAAGGAAAGAAUUGAUCCAGAUGAGCGGACCCUUGAGGAAGUUUUGAGUGUCUACUGCUUUGCAGGUCUCCUAGAUGAGAGCAAGGAGCAGUUCCAGGAAAUUAAAGCUUUAGGAGUAUUGCCCAGUGUCAUAUGCUACUGCAUCAUGCUGGCUGUUUAUGCAAAGUGUGACAGCUGGGAUGAUGCCUAUGAACUGCUGGAUGAGAUGCUUACAAACAGAGCUUCAAAUAUCCAUCAAGUGACUGGGCAGAUGAUAAAGGGUGAUUUUGAUGAUGACUCUAAUUGGCAAAUGGUAGAGUAUGUCUUUGACAAGCUUAAUUCUGAAGGGUGUGGUUUGGGUAUGAGGUUUUACAACACACUCCUAGAGGCACUUUGGUGGCUGGGUCAGAAGGAAAGGGCUGCAAGAGUUCUUAGUGAAGCAACAAAGCGUGGGCUUUUUCCAGAACUAUUCCGAAAAAACAAACUUGUAUGGUCUGUGGAUGUGCACAGGAUGUGGGAAGGUGGUGUGUACACAGCCAUAUCGAUUUGGCUCAAUGAUAUGCAUGCUGCACUCAUGAAUGGGGAGCAUCUUCCUCAACUAGCUACUGUUGUUGUAGUACGGGGCCAGAUGGAAAAAGCCUCAACUACACAACAUGUUCCCAUUGCAAAUGCUGCUUAUGCAUUCUUGCAGGAUAAAGUGUCACCAUCAUUUUCAUUCCCAGGAUGGAACAAGGGCCGAAUUGUUUGUCAGCGGUCUCAGCUCAAGCGAAUUAUGUCCAGCUCUGGCUUAUCUCCUGACAGUUCACAUAAGGAUUCUAUAAUUACUUUAAGUAACUCCCCAUUUUCUUCUCUGGGGUCAAAAGCAUCGACAAUUAACAAUGAGUACAGCCAACAUGAUGACCAUGUGAAUUCUAAAACAAAAUGGAGGACAAGUACAGAGCUAAUAGCCAGCACAGUCUGAAAAGAUACAGAUCCAUUAACCAGUUCUUCAAGGCCAAAAUCUUUCUCUUAUUUUCUGUACAAAGGAAGCUAAAGCUGGAGGAUUGAUUUGCUUAUGUCUUCUUAUCUUUGCAUGAUUUGAAAAUCAACUUCUCCCUUUGCCUAGAUAGUCUUGCCAAAUGCAAAGAACCAGCUGAAGCACAUACUCUGGUGAUGAUAAAUCCAGAUAGAUACUGUUGCAUUGUGAAGUAAAACAUUUGAGUUCCUGAAAUCAUCAACAGGCAGAGCAGGUAUGAUAUCAAUCAUCUGUUUUUGUAGCUGUAGAUUUUCUUUAUUUUCAUUCUAUCAAAUUAUUUUGAGCAAGAUCCAUGCAUAUGUGUAAGUCUUUCAUAAAUUAUUAGCCAUUGAUUUCAAAAAUAAUAGUUGAAAUGAUGAUGCUAUAAAGUCAUCUCAACUGUUGAAUUUGAAGAUCAGGUUCUGAUAAUUUAUGAAGACUCAUGCAUAUGUAAGUGGACAUUGACUCAAUUAUUCUUUUAACAGUAGUUGAAAUGUUGGUACAGGUUUAAGAACCAUUGAACUGUGAAUAUAUAAUCUAAAUGAGGUAGAACUACUAGAUGAAUGAACUAGGCAAUGGCUCUAGCCGAAUAAAGGAACAAGAGACAAUGGCUGUGAAGCCAAUGAAAAGUCCAAAAUCAUGCUUGGAAUUUAGGAUAUGCCAUAUUAACAAUAAUUUUAUUGUGCCACGCAUAGCUGAAGGUACAGCUCUUUGAUACCACUACAAAUAGGGAAAUGAAAAUAAAAUGUAUUGAAUGUA